AUGUCAGUAAAUAAGGUGCCCAUCUUGGGCAAAGAAUCUAUACAUGUGGGCUAUGAAAUACAGCCUCACAUUGUUAGUGAAACAAUUACCAACUUGGCCACAUCAACAUAUGUGAUUGUCAGUGAUACCAACAUGGCCAAAACUCCCACAUUCAAGAAAUUGGUGUCAGAUUUCGAGACUGAACUCAAGGAAAAAAGACCAGAGUCAAGGCUAUUGACCUAUUUUGUUCCACCAGGAGAAAAUAACAAGAGUCGUGAAACAAAGGCUGCAGUGGAAGAUUUUCUUUUGAAUAAAGGGUGCACCAGAGACACUGUGAUUCUUGCAGUUGGUGGAGGAGUCAUUGGAGAUAUGAUUGGAUUUGUCGCAGCAACAUUUAUGCGUGGAGUUAGGGUUGUUCAAGUACCAACUACAUUAUUAGCAAUGGUCGACUCCUCAGUUGGUGGUAAGACCGCCAUCGAUACACCUUUGGGGAAAAACUUUAUCGGUGCAUUCCAUCAACCAGAGUAUGUCUUUUGUGAUGUUUCAUUCUUGCAAACAUUACCUGCAAGACAAUUCAUCAACGGUAUGGCAGAAGUGAUCAAGACAGCAGCAAUUUGGAACGAAGAAGAAUUUACAAGGUUGGAGGAGUUUGCUCCUACGUUUAUUGCCGAGGUGACUUCUGAAAAACCUAAUUUGGAAACCAUUAAAAAGGAGCUAGUUAAAACCGUAUUGGAAUCAGUAAGAGUCAAGGCUUCAGUUGUAUCAGCUGAUGAAAAAGAAGGCGGAUUGAGAAACUUGCUCAAUUUUGGUCACACCAUUGGACACGCUAUUGAGGCAAUUCUCACUCCUGAAGCACUCCAUGGUGAAUGUGUAUCCAUCGGAAUGAUCAAGGAGGCAGAAUUAUCAAGAUACUUGGGAAUACUACCACCAGUUGCCGUUGCGAGACUUUCCAAAUGUCUUGCAGCUUAUAAGUUGCCAAUUUCAGUUGACGAAAAGGGAUUUUCUAAAAUCGUUGGUGGUAAAAAGUACAACUUGUUGAUCGAUCUGUUGAUACAAAAAAUGUUGAUUGAUAAGAAAAACGACGGUAGUAAGAUUAGGUGUGUGUUGUUGGAGAGAAUAGGUAGGUGUUACGAACUCAGGGCGCAUCAAAUUUCAAAAGAUGAUUUGAGAUUUGUGUUAACUGAUGAAGUCUUGGUGCAUCCGUUUAAGGAUUUCCCCGAAUCAGUGACUAUUUCACCACCAGGAUCAAAAUCAAUCUCCAAUAGGGCUUUGAUAUUAGCUGCUUUAGGCACAGGCACUGUUGAAAUUAAAAACUUGUUACAUUCUGACGACACAAAGCACAUGUUGGAUGCAUUGUCGGUACUAAGAGGUGCUUCGAUUUCAUUUGCGGAUAAUGGCGAAACCGUUGUUGUUGAAGGUAACGGUGGAAGCUUGUUUGCCAGUGAGAAAGAAUUGUACUUGGGCAAUGCUGGUACUGCCUCUAGAUUUCUUACGGCCGUUGCAUGCUUAGCUAAAAGCUCAGACAAUCUGCAUGUUGUUUUGACCGGUAACACAAGGAUGCAAGAGAGACCAAUCGGCCCUUUGGUGGACGCCUUGCUGUCCAAUGGAUCGGAAAUCGAGUACUUGAAAAACACUGGCUCAUUGCCAUUGAGAAUUACGGCUGGAAAAGGUCUCAAGGGUGGAAGGAUAGAGUUGGCCGCCACUAUAUCAUCUCAAUAUGUAUCGGCAAUACUCAUGUGUGCACCAUAUGCCGAGGAGCCAGUAACGUUGUCGCUUGUCGGGGGAAAGCCAAUCUCUCAGUUGUACAUUGACAUGACAUGCGAAAUGAUGAAACAGUUUGGGGUUGAAGUUAUCAAAUCAACUAGUGAACCAUACACUUACCAUAUUCCCAAAGCUACAUACAAGAAUCCAUCGGAAUACGUUGUUGAAUCUGAUGCAUCAUCAGCCACUUACCCAUUGGCAUUUGCUGCAUUGACAGGCUCUUCCUGUACAAUUCCAAACAUUGGAUCAUCAUCAUUACAAGGUGAUGCGAAAUUUGCUGUUGAUGUUUUAAAACCAAUGGGAUGUGAUGUAAAGCAAACAGCGACAACCACAACUGUCACCGGACCACCACAGGGUCUGUUGAAGGCAUUGAAAAGUGUGGAUAUGGAGCCCAUGACUGAUGCAUUUUUGACCGCGUCUGUUGUUGCAGCGGUAGCUAAUGGGACAACUACAAUUACAGGUAUUGCAAACCAAAGAGUUAAAGAGUGCAACAGAAUUAAAGCCAUGGUUGAUGAAUUGGCAAAAUUUGGAGUACACGCGCAUGAGAUUGAGGAUGGUAUUGUAAUUGAAGGUGUAUCAUCGAACAAUUUGAAAACUCCGAGUGUGGAAAAUAGAGGCGUCCACACAUAUGACGAUCAUAGAGUUGCAAUGUCAUUUUCACUACUAGCUGGAUUGUGUAAGCAAUCAGUGUUGCUUUUGGAGAGAUCAACGACAGGGAAGACAUGGCCAGGAUGGUGGGAUAUUUUGCACUCUAAAUUUGGUGUCACUCUUGAAGGUUAUGAACCAGCUAGAGCAACAACUUGCAUCACCAAUGGAGACAAAAGUGUUGUAGUCAUUGGUAUGAGAGCCGCAGGUAAAACCACCUUAUCCAAAUGGUUAGCCAAAUUCUUGGGUUUCAAAUUCCUUGAUUUGGAUGAACAUCUUGAGGAGGAACUUGGCAUUGAUAUCAAAACAUUGAUCAAAGAAAAAGGUUGGGAUUAUUUCAGAGAGCAAGAAUCAUUACUAGCUGCUAAAUGUUUUGAAAAGUAUUCUUCUGGAUAUGUUCUUUCAAGUGGUGGCGGUCUCGUUGAAAGUGAAGACGCUAGAAAGCAACUCAAGCAAUACAUGGCCAAUGACGGUAUUGUUUUGCACUUGCACCGUGAUUUGGAAGAAACUGUCACUUUCUUGAAUUCGGAUGCUACACGUCCAGCUUUUGCUUCGGAGGUAAAGGAUGUAUGGUUGAGAAGAGAGAAAUGGUAUCACGAAUGCUCAAACUAUCAUUUUUAUGCUCCACAUUGUACAACUAAUGCCGAGUUUUCCAAUUUGAAAAAAGUGUUUUUAAAAUUCAUUGCCAAAAUCACCGGCCUCGAAGAAAUGGUUAUUCCCAAAACACGUUCAGCUUUUGUUACAUUGACAUACCCUAAUGUGAGAGAUGCAUUGGAGAUUUUACCAGGCAUCGCAGUUGGAGCAAAUGCUGUUGAAUUGAGGGUGGACUUGUUGGCAAAGUAUGAUGCUUCUUACAUUGCAGAUCAAGUUGGAUUGUUGAGAAAGACGGUGGAUUUACCAAUCAUCUACACUAUCAGAACCAAAUCGCAAGGUGGUAUGUUUCCUGAUGAAGACCUUGAUAGUAUCAAAUCGUUGCUCUUAUUUGGUAUCAAGAUUGGUGUUGAUGUUAUUGAUUUGCAAUUAAUUUCGCCAAACGACGUUAUUGACGAAGUGAUGGCAAAGAGGAGCCACACAAAAGUCAUUGCAUCCCACCAUGACUUCACUGGCCAAUUGAAAUGGGACAAUGUUGAAUGGAAAACCAAAUAUGAUCAAGGUGUGGCAAUAAAUGCUGACAUUGUCAAGUUGGUUGGUAAAGCUGUUGAUUUCAAUGACAAUUUGUUGUUGGAAAAAUUCAGAAGUGAAAAUACAACCAAGCCCUUGAUUGGAUUGAAUAUGGGACCAAAAGGUAAAUUAUCACGGGUUUUGAAUACUGUUUUCACCCCGGUUACGCACGACCUCAUCACUGACAAACCGCAAGGGGUGGGGCAAUUAACCUUUAAGGAAAUCAAUGAAGCUUAUUUCCAAAUUGGAGGAUUUAUUGAAAACAGAUUUUGGGUUGUCGGGUCACCGAUAGAACAUUCGAGAUCACCAGCAUUGCACAAUGCCGGAUACAAAGCGUUGAGCUUACCAUACAAGUUUGAUAGAUUUGAAUCAAGUGAUGCAGAAACCGUUUACAAACAGUUGAUGUUGAGAUCGGAUUUUGGUGGGUUGGCAAUCACCAUGCCAUUGAAGUUGGAUAUGAUGAAGUACGUCACCAAACUUUCAGAUGCAGCCAAGUUGGUUGGUGCUAUUAACACAAUUGUUCCCAUUGACGGUGGUGGCGGUUUUCUUGGUGACAAUACUGAUUGGGUUGGAAUUACAAACUCAUUUAAGCAAAGUGGAUUCAUUGGAGGCAACAAUGUCAAUGGAUUGGUUGUUGGAGGAGGUGGUACUUCAAGAGCUGCAAUUUAUGCGUUGCACAAAUUGGGAUGCGAAAAGAUUUAUCUACUUAAUCGUACUGUCAGCAAAUUGCAUGACGUUGCUAGCAGUUUCCCUAAGGAGUACAAUCUUGAAGUUGUUGAGCAGGAAGAACAAGUUAGUGGUAAACCAGUAUCAUUAGCUGUUUCAUGUGUCCCAUCAUCUGCACCAUUAGAUGAAACCUUGUUGCAGAGAUUAGAACUCAUCUUAGAUUCUAACAAGCCAACAACAGCAGCAGCAGCAGCAGCAGAUGAAGAAGCCCCCUUACUAUUAGAAGCCGCUUACAAGCCAAGAGUCACUCCAGUGAUGAGGUUGGCUGAGGAAAAGUAUAACUGGAGAGUUAUACAAGGGGUUGAGAUGUUGGUGAAUCAAGGUGAAGAGCAAUUCAAAAUCCAUACAGGAUUUGCUCCACCAUAUGAUGUUAUACACGAUGCAGUAGUUGCAGAAGAUUGA